AUGAAGGAUAGCGUCACCAACCCGCCGGAGAAGGACCCAAAUUCGAUCAUGACUGUAGCUGACCAAGGUCAGGGAGGUCUCAAGGAAAAAACCCGAUCAAAUUCGACCACUCAGUCGUCGAUUGCUCUGACAAAGGAUAACCCUGCCAUCACGACUCCCAAGCGCAGCAGCAAGCGAACCCCUUCACCAACCGCCGAGGAUGGCGUAAUGAAAGGUCGCUCGCUCUUCCCUUCUGAAGUGGCCCAAGGCCAGGAUGGCCCCACAGCCAAAGCUCGAUCGGACUUGACCACUCCUUUGUCGAUCGAUCUCACCAAGGAUAAUCCCAAUCGCACGACCACCAAGAGCCAACGCAAGCAACCCCCUCCUUCCAAAACCGCCGAGGAUGGCGCAGUGCAAGGACGGCCGCUCGUUGCCUACACCAAGAAACUCAAGGUGUCAAAGUUUCACCGGCUCUACAAGAAGGCUUGGAGGAAGGAGGUUUUUGGGAAUGAAGCAUUCAUCACUUGGUCCUAA